UACACCGGUUACAGAGCGAAGUAUAUAAAUACUGUGAAGUCCGUUAUUUAGUGGUGUAAAUUGACUCGAUCAGAAUUUAUAUCUCAUUAAUGGCGAAUUACCAUGAAGCACCAGUAUACUUUAUUUGUAAUAUUUGUUGCGUUAUUGCAACCCUCGUUGCAAAUUUUCUUGUCAAAUAAAUUUCACGGUGGUUUUACGAGGCAAUUGCGCAGUAAAAAUGUAUUGCACAGCAGCGCAAAAUACAAAUACCAAAUCAAAACGAUUGAAAUGCCAGUGGAUCACUUUAGUUUUUCUGUAGAAGAUACAUUUAAAUUAAGGUACCUUAUAAAUGAUGAUUGGCAAAAAGAAAGUAAUGCACCUAUUUUCUUUUAUACUGGCAAUGAAGGUAAUAUUGAAAUCUUUGCUGAAAAUACGGGACUUAUGUGGGAGAGUGCACCUGAAUUUGGAGCAUUAUUAGUUUUUGCUGAACAUCGUUAUUAUGGAGACUCUAUGCCAUAUGGUAAUAAGUCUUACAGUGAUGGUAAAUAUUUGGGAUAUUUAACAUCUCAGCAGGCUUUAGGAGAUUACAUUGACCUUAUUCAAUACUUAAAGUCCACGCCACAAACUAGACUUAGUCCUGUAAUAGUUUUUGGUGGUUCGUAUGGCGGUAUGCUUAGUGCAUGGAUACGUAUGAAGUAUCCUCACAUUAUACAAGGAGCAAUUGCAGCUUCAGCUCCAAUCCUUCAGUUGUCUGGAGCUGUAGAGUGUGAUUCUUUUGCACGAAUAGUGGCAAUGGAUUUUAAAAUGGCUCAUCCAAAUUGCCCAAAACUCAUACAAAGGUCCUGGAGCACGAUUACCAAUGUAACAUCAAGUGACAAAGGAAAACAAUGGUUAUCAGAUAAUUGGAAAUUAUGCGAGCCAUUAAAGAAUGAAACUCAUAUUAAGCAACUAAAAGAUUACUUGCAAGAUAUUUAUUCCAAUCUGGCUAUGGUGGACUAUCCUUAUAAAGCUAAUUUCUUAGCACCACUGCCCGCUUAUCCUGUUAAUGCUGUAUGCAAGCACUUAACAAACGAAUCACUAACAGGGACAGACUUAUUGACAGCAAUACAUAAAGCAAUUAAUGUAUAUACUAAUUACACCGGCGAAACAAAAUGUUUAAAUUUAAAUGAUUCUACACCACAGUUGGAUGCUGUUGGUUGGAAUUAUCAGGCUUGUACAGAAAUGGUAAUGCCUACUUGUUCGAAUGGAAUAAAUGAUAUGUUUGAAGCUGCGCCAUGGAAUUUUGAUGAAUAUGCUAAAGAUUGCGAGAAAAAGUAUUCGGUAAAACCGCAACCAAAUUUAGCAUGUGAGCAAUAUGGAUGUGCAUUUUUGUCAACAGCGACAAAUAUUGUUUUCAGUAAUGGCUUGUUGGAUCCAUGGACUGCUGGAGGAAUCGUACGAAAUUUAUCUUCGUCAGCGAUUGCAAUAAUAAUUCCAGAAGGUGCUCAUCAUCUGGAUUUAAGAAGUAGCGAUGCUAAUGAUCCGUACAGUGUUGUUCUAGCACGAAAAUAUCAUCGUUUCUUCAUUAGACAGUGGAUUAAAGAAUAUCCUCUGAUACAAGGAAGUAUGGGUAAUUAAAUGUUUGCUGUUUUGAUGAUUGAACAUGGAUUUUUGAUAAAAUAUAUUAUAAAUGGAGAUUGAAAGACAAAACAAACACGUUAUAAUCAUUCAUCUUUAUUUCGUAAAUUAUACUGUAUAUAAAAAAGCUUAAC